AUGCUGUUAAUUGAACACAAUUUGCCGAUGAUUUUAAUGGAUCACCUUCCUAAGUUGUUAAUAUCAGCUGCCCCUGAUUCACAAAUUUUAAAAACUGUUACUUGCUUUAAAACCAAGACAACCAGUCUACUUAAAAAUUUCCAGGCAGAUAGUGAAAGAAGCAUUUCAUGUAUUUUAAAAGAAAAUAAAUUUUCUGUCAUAAUAGAUGAAACUACUGAUGUUUAUGUAAAGAAAUAUUUAGCUAUUCUUGUUAAAUACACCGAUUUAGAUCUACAAAAAGUUAGGGAUCGAUUGCUUGCUUUGGUUGAAGUCAAUGAUUUAACGGCAGAAGGAAUUUUAGAACAAAUUUUGGCAGUCAUUAAAAAUUUAUGUAUACCAAUACCAAAUCUAAUAGGAUUUGCAGCUGACAAUGCAGCCGUUAUGAUGGGCAAAUACAAUGGGGUGCAAGCUAAGUUGCGAGAAAUAAACCCCAAUAUUUUUGUCAUGGGCUGUAUCUGUCAUUCUCUACACUUAUGUGCAUCAGCUGCUGCUGAGAAAUUGCCGAAACAGAUUUAA